CUUAUCAACAGUCCGGCUCUCUUCUCUCCUCAGUACCUAUGGGUUCACUGUUCUCAGGAUUCAACGUCACUAGAAUUAAAAUAAUUAAAUGAAAAAUGUGGGAAGUUAUUAAAAAAUUAAGACGGUUCGAUGCAUAUCCUAAAACACUUGAAGAUGUUAGAAUCCAAACAUAUGGAGGAGGAGCGAUAACUAUUAUAAGUGUUAUCCUAAUGAGUUUACUAUUUUGGUCAGAAUUUUUAAAUUAUGUGACUCCAGAUAUUACAGAAGAAUUAUUUGUAGAUACUUCUAGAAGCCCUAACAUUCAAAUUAACUUAGAUUUUAUUGUUCCUAGGAUAUCUUGUGACUUUUUAGCAUUAGAUGCGAUGGAUUCUUCAGGAGAACAACAUUUAAAAAUAGAUCAUAAUGUAUAUAAAAGAAGACUUGAUUUAGAAGGAAGACCUAUAGCAGAUCCUAAUAAAAUUAAUAUCACCAUUCCAAAAAAUACAACGCAAAAUUCCAACAAAACAGAAUGUGGAAGCUGCUAUGGUGCUGCAGAUCGUUGUUGUAAUACUUGUGCUGAUGUAAAAGAAGCCUACCGGGAGCGAAAGUGGGCUUUAGACAAUAUUGACAGCAUAGAACAGUGUAAAGAUGAGAAACAUAGUGAAAAACUGAAAACAGCUUUCACUCAGGGCUGUCAAAUUUAUGGCAGCCUCAUAGUUAAUAGGGUCAGUGGAAGUUUUCACAUAGCACCUGGAGAGAGUUUUAGUGUUAGCCAUUUGCAUGUCCAUGACGUUCAACCAUUUUCAUCAAGUGAGUUUAAUACAUCUCACAAGAUAAGGCAUUUGUCUUUCGGAAAUAGAAUAGAGAGCCACACACAUAAUCCUUUAAAAGAUUUAGAGGUCUAUGCUAGUGAAGGAUCAACGAUGUUUCAAUACUACAUAAAGAUCGUUCCUACUUCUUACGUUAAUAAGGAUGGUACAAUAAUAAGUUCGAAUCAGUAUUCAGUGACUAAACAUCAAAAAACAGUAUCAAUUAUAAGUGGAGAAUCUGGAAUGCCAGGAAUAUUCUUCCAGUACGAAUUAUCACCUCUGAUGGUUAAAUACACAGAGAAAGAAAAAUCUUUUGGUCACUUUAUUACGAAUCUUUGUGCGAUAAUAGGGGGAAUUUACACUGUUGCCGGUUUAUUGGAUCGGCUUUUAUAUCACUCUAUAAAAAUUAUACAGAAAAAAAUUGAAUUAGGAAAGUUUAAUUAAAAAUUAUUUCACUAAA